CAGAAUGAAAUGAGAUAAAAAACCGUAGUUUUAAUCUCGAAAAGAAAGUAACACCUUGAUUUUUUUUUUCACAAAAACCCUUUUCUUUCGUUUUCUCUUAUGACAGAUACUGACAACGCGUCAAAAAGCAGCAGUAGCGAAGUUUCGUCUAAACAACCACGACUCACCAAACGAGCAAAGCAAAUAGAAGAAAAGCUCAAGAAUAAAACAGCUACUUCUCUUUUUGACACAGAUGGCGACCUGAGUCGACGUAAUAUUAUUGAGGGUGGCAGAAGGAAUCGAAAGAGACCUCAGACGUUUGAGCCUGUGUCGUCCUUACCACAAACGCUUAAACGAAAAAGAACCACACCUACACCACCUCCUAAACCAACGUCCAAACCAACAAUCAAAGCAAUACCUAAGGGAGCACCCAAGAGAACACUCAAACUAACAUCGAAAACAAAAGUAGUUUCCAAAAGAGCAAGGACAACAACUGCAGCUUCAAGAAAAGUCAAACAGUCUUUUUCCCCACCACCACUACCACCUCCUCCACCUAGACCGACGACUAUGGUGAUCAAGAAACAAACUAUGCCUAUCAUACAAAAUGCAAGAGAAAAGCUAUUGCUAACACCUAUCUCUGAGCAAGAUACAUCUCGAAACGAUGAGAUCAGUAAAAGACUAAAGCAAAUGGAGAUCAUUCAACAACAUCAUAAUGCCUCUGUGAAAGAACUAUACCACCUUGAAUUAUUCCAAAACAUACUUGAAUACAAUCCCAAUGCUUUCAUUAACGAUGUGCGCUACAAUAAGUAUAUGGACGAAUAUGACAUGUGGGAGAGAUUAAGACAAAAUGAAUCUUUCACGUCUACUAUUCAAGAUCCUUCUCUCAUUGAUUUGUUACAGAGUGCUAUUUAUGAAUCAGCACAUAUAUCCAAUAAACAGGAAAAUGACUAUGUCAAUACCAUCCAUACAGGCACAGGUUUACGUCGUAUCAAUCGUCAAUUUGCUACACUAGAGGAAUAUUUAAAUUCGUUUUAUGCAGCUGACGAAGGCAUGGAAGACAAUACACCAGAAGCGCGCGAAGCUUAUAUUGAAAAGGAACGAAAGAUUCGUCAACGUCUUUACGAUUUAGAACGACGAGGAGGAUUCUCUACGGAAUUACAACAGAUUGCUCAUCGCCGUCCCUUUCAUCCACCUCAGAAACAUACUGUUGUGCAUGACCACUUAUUGACGGAUAUAACCAUGACAGCCAAAAACUUUCAUACAAGUGCAAAAUACAGACGUAAUGCAGCUCGUAGAUGCGCUAAAGCAGUCGAAAGAUAUUGGGAUCAGAUUAGAACACAUGAUGAACGUAUUGAACGAGAGGAAACAAAGCGAUUGAUUCGCUUGGCCAAGUGGACAUCGCAGCAAAUUAAAAAAAAAUGGAAAGUAGUCGAGCGUGUAUGUGAGGCACGACACAAAGAAAUUCUCAAGGAACAACAAGCUAGAGAAGGACGACGUCAUUUGGAACUGAUUUUAGAGCAUUCUGAACAAAUGCUAGGUGUUCGAAAAGAAGAACUGCGUCAGUAUCAACCAGAAUCAGAGGCGAACGAAAAAGAACAUAUCAUUCAAGAAAGCAGUGCUAGCAGAGAUGAUGAAUCAAGUGCAUUAGAAAGAGAGCAAGACUUGUCAAUAGAGGAAUUGAUGGAUAAAUAUCACAAUGAGAAUGAGAAUGAAGAAUACGACAUGACAGAUGAAGAGCAAGAUGUACCUAUAGAAGAAGAUGGCCAAAGUGAAGACGACGAUGAAGAACUAGAUGCUUUAAAUGACGAAGCAGAACUGAGUGUUGAAGAAUUACUACAAAAGUAUAAUUACCAAUUAGAAGAACAAACAUUGCCCCAAGAGACAGAAAAAAAGGAAAUUCAGCCCACAGGUAAUACCCUUGCUACUACCAAAGUCAGUACGCCUAUCCCUCAUCUUUUGCGUGGAACAUUACGUGAAUACCAACAUGUUGGUCUGGAUUGGCUAGCCAGUCUGUAUAACAACGGACUUAACGGAAUCUUGGCCGACGAAAUGGGUCUUGGAAAGACCAUUCAAACAAUCUCUUUAUUAGCUUACCUUGCUUGCGAAAAAAAGGUCUGGGGUCCACACCUGAUUGUGGUACCUACCAGUGUUAUCUUGAAUUGGGAAAUGGAAUUCAAGAAAUGGCUGCCUGGUUUCAAAAUUAUGGCGUAUUAUGGAUCUCCCAAAGAGCGCAAAGAAAAGCGUUCUGGUUGGUCCAAAGAUAAUGCGUUUCAUGUCUGUAUCACUUCUUACCAGCUUGUCUUACAAGACCAGAAUGUGUUCAGAAGAAAAGCAUGGCAUUAUUUGAUUUUAGAUGAGGCACACCAUAUCAAGAAUUUUAGAUCUCAACGCUGGCAAGUUCUUUUGAACUUUAAUUCGAAACGCAGAUUGCUGUUGACUGGUACGCCCCUGCAGAACAAUCUAAUGGAACUAUGGUCUUUGCUUUAUUUUUUGAUGCCAAAUGGCGUUUCUCAGGAUAUGCCUAUCGGGUUUGCUAACCUAAAGGAGUUUCAAGAAUGGUUUUCGCAUCCUGUAGAUCGAAUGAUUGAAAACCAUCAAGAAUAUGGUGUAGAUGAAGAAUCAAAAGCUGCGAUUCAAAAAUUACAUACAGUAUUACGCCCUUAUUUACUACGUCGACUUAAAUUGGAUGUAGAAAAACAAAUGCCCGAAAAGCAUGAACAUAUAGUAUAUUGUCGAUUAUCUAAACGUCAGCGCUUCUUAUACGAUGACUUUAUGAGUCGAGGCAAGACAAAGGAGACAUUGGCUAGUGGCAACUUUUUGAGUAUCAUCAACUGUUUAAUGCAAUUACGAAAAGUCUGCAACCAUCCAGAUUUGUUUGAAGAGCGACCUAUUCUGACAAGUUUUGCCAUGGACGACAGUGUGCAGUUUGUUGGACAAUUGCUCGAGUCAUUCAUUCGAAAGCGAUUUGCCAGUAGAGAUGAUACAAAAGUCAAUCUUGGUUUUCUGAAUUUGAUCUUGACAGAUACCCAAAACAAUGCUAUCAUGAGUCAAACAGUAGCACAAGAAGUCAUGCGAUUGGAAGCCUCAAAAGAGAUCUUCAAGACAAUAGCAGCGUAUCAAAAACGCAUUGCUACCUCUGAAUCCCGCAGUGUCAAUUCACUCAAAAACUACUAUGACCUAAAGAAAUACGCCAAAUAUCGAGAAGCAGAAAAAAUCAAACAUACGAUAAGCAGGUGGGAAAGAAUCAAUUACAUUAAUCAUUUUAGAUGUGCACGUCGGCCACUGUACGAUGCAAGCCUUCUUCAAAUGAUUUCACCCACUUAUGCAUUCUCACACCAUCCCCGUCGAUACUUUGACUAUUGCGAUUCUGUGUGUCAUGCUGUGCAACCGUAUAAGGAUCGAAUUCAACAACACCGAGAUGUGAUAGAAGAGUUUGGGUUUGUGACGCCCAAAGCAGUUGUUCCAGCAACCAAAUUGCCUAUACCAAAAAAACUGCGGGAGGCGCAUAGUGUUGAGAAUGAUAUUUUCCACACGAUAGAAUCUAGACUCUCUAUUGCAUUUCCUGAUAAGCGACUGCUCCAAUACGAUUGCGGUAAGCUUCAAAAGCUUGAUAAACUGCUGAGAGACUUGGCUGCAGGAGGUCACCGUGCAUUGAUCUUUACACAGAUGACGCGCGUCUUGGAUGUCCUAGAGAUUUUUCUAAACAUGCAUGGUCACCGCUACUUAAGAUUAGACGGUGCUACUAAAGUGGAGCAGCGUCAAGUCCUGACUGAGCAUUUCAACAACGACAGGCGUAUCUUGUGCUUUAUUCUCUCUACUCGAAGUGGUGGUCUCGGUAUUAAUUUAACAGGUGCAGAUACAGUCAUUUUUUAUGAUUCUGAUUGGAACCCGUCUAUGGACAAGCAGUGUCAAGACAGAGCACAUCGAAUCGGCCAAACCAGAGACGUGCAUAUUUACCGAUUUGUUACUGAAUUUACAAUUGAAGAAAACAUUUUCAAGAAGGCAAACCAAAAGAGAAUGCUCGAUAAUGUUAUUAUUCAGGAAGGUGAUUUUACAGAUGAUUACUUUAAUAAGAAUGAGUGGUGGAAAGACCUCCCCGAAGUGGUUGGGGCAAAUCAUCAGCAAUCGCAAAAGUCAAUAGAUUAUGAGCAAGCACUUUUACAAGCAGAAGAUGAAAAUGAUGCUGCUGCUGCGAUUGUUGCUCGGAAUGAAAUGGAUAUGGAUGAAAAUGAAUUUGACGAACAAACUCAGCAACCAAGUGAAGUCUCUUCUCGACCCAUGUCACCUUCUUCCUCUAAUGCUCAACCAUCAAGAGAACAAAGUAUUCAGCCAUCAGAAGAGCAAAUUGUUCAGCCAUCAAGAGAACAAAGUGUACAAAAGACGAAUGAUGACGAGAGCGCGGACGAAGAGGACAUGGACGAACAAGAAGAAGAUGACAUGCAAUUAGACGUAGGACAUGUGGAUCAAUAUAUGUUGCAAUUUUGGGAACGAGAAAUGGUUGGAAUAAACCUUGGAUUUGGUAGCUUUCCGCCAGAAGAAGAAAGUUAAGGACUUAAUGAUGCUUUGCGUCCGCGCACUCGAUUUUUUAACCAAAAAGGGCUUUUUUGUGUAAUUCAGUGUUGAUAUAACAAAAAAUAAAAAUAAAAAGCUAUUCUUUUACAAAAAAAAAGGG